AUGCCCCGGGAAGGCCGGGGCGCGGCGCCUCCUGGGAGUUGUAGUCCACGGCGGCGGAUAAGCAGGCCGCAGGGCGCUGUGGAGGACUAUAUCUCCCGGCAUGCCUUGCGCGCCCCCUGCAUCAAGCUCCACCAGCCGGCAGCCGCCAUCUUGGUCCACCGGCGUCAGCGACGGGGGGGGGUAAGCCCGCCGUCACGUGCGACCUCCGGGACUGCAGCGGCGGCUGCGGCUGAGGGGGCCGGGGCCGCCCGACCGCGGCUGCUCCCGGUGUUGGCCGCCAGGGGGCGCCGCGAGCUCGCGCCGCCGCCAGGCGUGAGGCUGCCAUGGCGGCUCGCUGCCUGCAGGGGGCGGCAGCGGGGCCCGGGGGGAAAAGCCCCGGUAGGGGCGCCGGUACCCGCUCGGCCAGGCCCAGGGCGCUCUCCCGUAGCUAAUGGGCCAGGUCUGGUCCCAGUGCAGACCUCCUGGCCACCUGCCACCGGUGUGGCCAGCGCUCGCUGCCUUGUGCCAGGAACAUCGUCCGGCCUCAUGGCAUCCCUCAGAGAGCCGGCGGCAUGGCCCUCAGGUGCAGAGCAGCGCUGCUGUCGUGCGGGAGACCCCGGCGGGCAUCAGAGCGGAGCUGGGAGCUGCUCCCCGGGAGCGGGGCUGCCUGCCCUCAUCGCUGCGCUGGCUUACUGCUACCUGCAGGACCGCCUGUCCAAGGAGGAUGCCCUUCUGGAAGCUGCAAGGAUUAACAAUGUUUCAGAAAUCAACAGGUUGUUGCAAGAAGGUGCAGAUGUGAACACAAGGCACAAGCUUGGCUGGACGGCUCUCAUGGUGGCAGCCAUCAGCAGGAACUCCAGUGUGGUAAAAGCUCUGCUCACAGCUAAUGCAGAUCCAAACCUUGGGGAUGAUUUCAGCAGUGUGUAUGAGAUUGCCAAAGAAAAAGGCCUCCAUUCCUUGGAAGUCCUUGUCACCCGGGAGGAUGACUUCAGCAACCGUCUCAACAUCCGAGCCAACUUCAAGGGCUGCACAGCUCUACACUACGCAGUUCUGGCUGAUGACUACCUGACAGUCAAACUGCUGCUGGAUGCAGGUGCCAACCCCCUGCAGAAGAACGAAAUGGGACACACACCCCUGGAUUAUGCCCGUGAAGGGGAGGUCAUGAACCUUCUGAGAGCAGCAGAGGCAAAGUUCCAGGAGGAGCAGCGCAGGAGGGAGGUGGAGGAACGGCGGAGAUUCCCACUGGAGCAGCGGCUAAGAGAACACAUCAUUGGUCAGGAGAAUGCCAUAGCCACAGUGGGGGCAGCUAUUCGGAGGAAGGAAAAUGGCUGGUAUGAUGAGGAGCACCCGCUGGUGUUUCUUUUCUUGGGAUCAUCUGGAAUAGGUAAAACAGAGCUGGCCAAGCAAACAGCCAAGUACAUCCAUAAGGACAUCAAAAAGGGUUUCAUCAGACUGGACAUGUCAGAGUUCCAGGAGAGGCACGAGGUGGCAAAAUUCAUUGGCUCACCACCUGGCUAUGUGGGCCACGAAGAGGGUGGACAGCUCACCAAAAAGCUGAGGCAGUGCCCAAAUGCUGUGGUACUCUUUGAUGAGGUGGACAAAGCCCACCCUGAUGUGCUCACCAUCAUGCUGCAGCUGUUUGAUGAGGGCAGGUUGACAGAUGGGAAGGGGAAGACCAUUGACUGCAAGGAUGCCAUCUUCAUCAUGACCUCCAACGUGGCCAGUGAGGAGAUUGCAGAGCAUGCACUGCAGCUCCGGCAAGAGGCCAUGGAGAUGAGCAAGAAAAGGAUCGCAGAGAACUUAGACGAUGUCCAGAUGACCGACAAGAUCACCAUUUCCAAGAAGUUCAAGGAGAAGGUUAUUCGCCCCAUAUUGAAGGCUCACUUCAGACGGGACGAGUUCUUGGGGAGGAUCAAUGAAAUCGUCUAUUUUCUCCCUUUUUGCCACUCGGAGCUCAUCCAGCUGGUCAACAAGGAGCUCAGCUUUUGGGCCAAAAAGGCCAAGGCAAGGCACAACAUCACACUGCUGUGGGACAGGGAGGUCAUGGACGUGCUGGCUGAUGGCUACAACCUUCACUAUGGCGCCCGCUCCAUCAAACACGAGGUGGAGCGGCGCGUGGUGAACCAGCUGGCAGCUGCCUACGAGCAGGACCUGCUGCCACGGGGCUGCACCCUCAGGAUCACCGUGGAGGACUCAGACAAGCAGCUGCUGAAAACCACAGAGGGCACAGAAAAAUCCAAGGCUCCAACCCUGCGGCUGGAGAUUGUAGAGAAGGACAGCAAGGCCCGAAAACUGGAGAUCCAGGCACCGCUGAACCCCGAAAACAUCACUUACUUCUUGUAGGCAGCGCUGGGCGCUCCCAGUGACGAUAAAAUACCCCAGGAGUUGGAGUGAGCUGUCAGAGAGGGCAGAGCCACAGUCCUGCCACUGCUGGGGAUGGACACAGGCACAGACACAGAUACGGGCAGGCGCUGCCCCGGGAUGGGCCUGAAGGGCUCUAGGGGCGCAGCUGUGGGUGACAAGGUGCCCUGGUGCCAUUCAGGGAUGGGGCAGUGGAUGGGCCUGGGGUUUCACAGGGUGUUGGAGUUUUUUAAGGAAGGGGGAAGCAAGUUGUGGACCAUGUGGGAGCUGGGAUGAAUUUGUCAUUCCCAUGGGAGGGGGCUUGCUGGGUUAGCUGGACUGGCAAGGUGGGGACUGGGAACUGAGUGUGAAAGGCACCAAGCACUUGUUCUGUAUUGUCCCUGUUUCUUUACGGCAAUAAACACGCUAUGCGCAUCCAGCCCUUUGUGUCCCCAGAAGGAGCAGCUGUUGAGACCACCAUCCUCAUCCCAGGGCACUCCUGGGUGUCCUGCUCAUCACCAGGAGCCAGGAAUGUCACCAAGAGGGGGGAACACCACUGGCAGCUGGGACCCACUGUCACAUCUCCCCAGCCCAGCCACACAACAUCUUAGUGCAAACCCCUUGCUGAAUCUUUCUCAUGGCCUUCUUCCAGGAAGUGUUUAAUAUCUCGGUGGAACUGAGCUGUCCAAGUUGUCCCCAUGGGGACACAGAGGCUGUGGCCCCCCCAUGGGGGCUCCUUCAGGGAACUGCUCAUGGUGGAAUAGGAGACAUAGUCACUACUGGAGCCACCCCAGACACGGGUUUUGAACAUGAAAUACACAUGGAAAUCGACCCCUCCCAGGUCACACUGUGCCAUGCCAAGUCACAUCAUCCUAUACCAUGCUAUUCUAUUCCACACUGUGCCACCGUACCAAGCUGUGCCAGCCCCAUGGAUCACAGCCCCACAGGCUCAGCCAGGGCCACACGGACCCCCCUCAACCCUUUGAGGUGGUUUUCUUGGUGCCAACACAGGUAAAUGGGCUCCCACUGCCAGGAAUAGUGCCUGGGAGCAUGGGCUCUGGAGGAAGAAUCCUCUUUGGCUGUGCCAGACACAUUCAGUUCCCAGCAUCUGAACCCCAUGCUGGCACCUGAUCCAGUCAGGGCAGAGGGUGCUUCUAGCGUGGGGGCUCAGGACACCCUGGAGCACCCCAGCUUUGACCCCAGGAACAAUGGGGCAGUGGACAGAGGCCUCCAGCACCAUUGGGAGCAGCUGUGGGGCUGGGGGACC